GCAUCUGUUCCCAUUAGAAGUCAAGCAUUGGCCUCCUUCUAUGAUAUAUAACCCUCUUCCGCCCUCAAUGCACACACCCACAUAGCAAUCACUUGAAGGUUGAUAAGAAUGAUAGCCAUGGUGCAGAUGAGACUCCAUGCUUUUCUGUAUCCUUCAUCACAGCCAUGUCCAUCACAACUUUUCUAGUACUAUCCUUGUUUGGAUUCCUUGAAAUGUUAGGAAUCCAUCUUCAGUAUUCCAAACUAUGGAAUGUCAAUUCCAGGAGACCAUCAAUCAAAGUCUCCAGCACAGCAGACAUGCUUUUCUUGUAUACUCCUGCUUUUCUCUUCGGUCUUUCUUCCUUUGGGCUCUUCCCAGAUAAUGAUUUCCGAUGUGGGUUGGUGGCUUCAGCCCUCACAGUCCAUUUCCUCAAGAGAAAUUUGGAGGUUCUGUUCAUCCACAAGUAUAGUGGUGGCAUGGUUCUGGACUCUGGUAUCGUCAUCUCUCUCAGCUAUUUCACAUCCACAGCAACCACCAUCUAUUCCCAACACCUUGUCCAGGGGUCCAUGGAGCCACUAAUUGACCUCAAAUGCCCUGGGAUUCUACUAUUUUUAGUGGGAAUUUCAGGUAAUUUUUACCACCACUAUCUCCUUUCCAAACUGAGGGAAAAGGAUGAGAAGAGCUAUAAAAUCCCUAGAGGGGGUCUCUUUCACCAAGUCAUAUGCCCACAUUAUCUUUUCGAAAUUCUAGCAUUUAUUGGGGUUUCUUUCAUGUCUCAAACACUAUAUUAUUUCUCCUUCACAAUAGGCACUGCUUUGUACUUGCUUGGAAGGAGUUACGCUACUAGGAAAUGGUAUCUUUCCAAAUUUGAAAGUUUCCCUAGGGAGAUCAAGGCUCUAGUUCCCUAUAUUUUCUAGUUAUGUACAAUGGGGAAUGUGAGAUUUGCCCACAAUGUCACCAUGUAUACACAUGAUAUGUGGAAUUGUAUGAUCAAUUGUAAUAAAGUUGAAAAUUUGUAUGACAUUGGAAACUUAUAUUUGUUGUUUGUUGAGUUUCCACAAUGGUCUCAUUCAUAGUAAUGAAUUUUUAUUUUCACA